AAUGCAAGUGUGCUUCCGGUCGACGAUUUCGUUUUACGGCGAAGUAACUUGGUAUGAAUUAAGUGUCUGAUUGCAAGUGAUUGAAGAACAUACAUAAAGGAAAACAUUGAUGAAUCAGAGGGUUACGCCUUAAGUUUGUGAUACAUUCUUUGUUCUGAUUACGAACGUCAUCCUGUGAGCUAGAACAGAAACGUCAGAAGAUGUCCCUCUACGAUGGGUUAGACUUCGAUAACAAAGAAAGUAGUGGGGGAACCAAAGCAGUCCCUGGAUGGUCACCUGGUUAUAAGCUGUUACAGUCACAGCUGCAGGCCAAGAAAGCAGCUCUUUUACAGUCAAAGCAGAAGCAGCGAUCAAGUGUACUGGCACCAGUUGUAGACCUUAAACGACAUUCUGAUGAUGGUCCAAUCUCAUUCAACCUUCACACUGGCCGAAUUGAGAGACACCCUACUUCAUCUGCCCCAGCAGCAAAUGUGGCAGUUGGUGCGACUGCAGCUCCAUUCAUUGCAUCUGAUGCUAUUCCCUCAUUUACUGGGGUGACGGAUGAAUACAAUCCACUCGCACCCAAUGAAUAUGAUGACCUUGUAAAAAAGAAAAAAGAGGAGAAAGAGAAAGACAGGAAGAGAGAUCAAGAAGAGAGGUCAGAAAGGAGACGUAGUAGGGGAGACAAUGAAAGAGAAAUGGACAAAAUGAGAAGAAAAAAAGAAGAGGAAGAAGAGGAGGAGAUUGACAGAGGGAGUGUCAGAGGUGGUGGUGCUGCAAUUGCACCUCCUCCAUCUCUCAUGGAAGAUACAGAAAUAAGAACUGUGGAGAAACCUGAAGGAAUGAAUAUGUUGAAUUCUGUGGCAACAAAGAUUAUGGCAAAAUAUGGGUACCGUGAAGGUCAAGGUCUGGGAAAGAGUGAGCAGGGCAUGAGCACUGCCCUGUAUGUUGAAAAGACCAGUAAACGUGGUGGAAAGAUUAUUCAUGAGAAGGACAUCCCAAAAGGCGCUACUGUCCCUUUUGUACUUCCCGAAGAAAUGCUAAAAGAACCAAUAUCAAACACAAACUUGAUGAAGAAUCCAUCAAAAGUUGUCCUUUUGACGAAUAUGGUUGGACCAGGAGAGGUGGAUGAAGAGCUGGAACCAGAGACAGCAGAGGAGUGUUCUAAGUAUGGCAAGGUGACUAAGGUGAUCAUUUUUGAGAUGCCUGAAGCUGAUGAUGAUGAAGCAGUCCGGAUUUUUGUGGAGUUUGAAAGAAUGGAGUCAGCCAUUAAAGCUAUUGUGGACUUAAAUGGACGUUACUUUGGAGGUCGUGUUGUACGUGGCAGCUUUUACAACUUGGACAAGUUUCGGAGACUGGAUCUUGCUGGACCUGCAGAAUAAGAAAUCUUGUGUAUGUGUGUGAGUGUUUGUGUGUGUGGUGCAAGUAUGUGAAAUGAAUUCAGAUUAGUGUGUCAGGCUUCAUCUUUUGGAGAAGAGAAUUUGAAGCCAAAUGCACUUUGCUGCAAUGGUGGACAUAACAGCUGCAGUCCUAUGGAAUGUGUUACCAGAUUUAUAUUUAGAAAUCUGAAGAAUAUGGAGAUGUGGAUUUUAAAAAUGUUUCUGAAAGUAGAAAUUUAUUUUGGUUGUCAUUGUUUUUCUUCAAAGAAUUCUACAGUGUAACUUAAGCAUUGUUUUUUUGGAGUGGGUGGGUUUGAACAAAAAUACUUAGGGAAGAAAGUGAAGUUCAUUUCCAAUGUUUCGAGUGUAUAUAUACAUGUCGAGAAUGGAAACUGCAGCAUCUAUAACUGGAAAGACACAAAAAUAGUGGUGUUAUAUUUAACAUUACAAAUUAGCCAUGGUUAUCAUUGUUGAUUGGAUACUAAGCAAGAGCAUUCCUGGUUCUCAAUAAUACCACGACAAUGCUAGUAACUGUAAUACCAGCUGGGAACAAAAGUGAGCUGUAUAAUUUAUAUGCAGAUUUAUAUUCUUUAGAGGCUGGCAUUAUGAUUGAGUGGAUGAUCUUCAUUUUGUCAUCUUGGCCUGAUGGGAUGAUUUCUAGCACAGAUGAUUACAGUGCAUGAUGAAGACUGUGCUAAUCUUGUGCUUUUAGAACUCCUGCUAUUUUGAUCUAAUAAGUAUUAACGCAAACAAACCUCUGGGGAUGUGGUAUUUAAGCAAGAACUAGUUGAUUCACUUUGUAGUGCUGGUGGAUUCUUUGUUGGACUGAGAUGUGAGACUCUAGGGGACAAUGAUGCAGCUAGCAUUAGGUGUGUGCCAGUAUGUUUCAUGAAAAACAACACUAAGUGCAGAGGAUUUCAUUGGCAACUCAUUGUUACUCAUUUGCUCAGACCAGGUAUCCAUGUUGUGAGUCCUCAUACAGUUCCAUCGCAUGGAUUUUUUCUUAGGUGUGACAAGUGCUGGUUGCUGACUAUGUUUCAAAAAAAGAAAUACUGAAUCAAACAUGAAUGUAUGCUGAUACAAGUGUAAGAUAAAAUUAAAACGCUGUAAAUUGUUGAAUGUUCAAUAUUAACAUGUUUUGUGCAUAAGUUUUGCAUUAAAUGUGUCAGUUCUGAAUAAAAUAUAGUAGAAAAAA